GUAAUCACUGGAAGAGUUCGGUUGAGGCAUCUUGAGAGGACAUACGGUCCACAAAAAAUCAUUAUCAGUUUCGAGUACCACUAAAGAUUUUUCAGAAAUUGAUCAUUUGUGAAACUAUCUUCAAAAAAUCUUCAAUGGCGGCCAUGGUUUCUUCACUUUCAGCCAACCCACUCUCCCUCUGCCUCUGCAUAUCUUCACACUCUCCAAGAACUAGAUCUUCACCUUCACUGGCUUCUCUACCCUCUUCUUCCUCUUCAUCGCAUGAAUCAUCAUCAGUCACACAAAAUGAAAACCUUAAAUCAGCUAAGCCAUCAAUAAAGUCAUCGUUUGUCGAGUCCUCUAAGCCCCCGGAUAAGGCCUACAACUAUGCGUUGGCGAAUCCGAAUGGGAACCCUGUUGUGCGGUUUGUUCAGUCCACUGAGUCUUCCAUUGAAAGGGCGAUAUUUGACUUCCGCUUUUUGGCGCUUCUUGCUGUUGGUGGAUCAUUGGCCGGUUCCUUGCUCUGCUUUCUCAAUGGAUGCGUUUACAUAUUUGAUGCGUAUAAGGUAUAUUGGUCGAGCUGUGUCAAAGGAAUUCACACAGGACAAAUGGUUCUACGAUUAGUUGAAGCUAUUGAUGUAUACCUUGCUGGGACUGUCAUGUUAAUAUUUGGCAUGGGCUUGUAUGGAUUAUUUAUUUCAAACGUGCCUCCUGAUGUACCGCCUACUAUUGAUCGUGCCCUCAAGGGAUCUUCCUUGUUCGGGAUGUUUGCUUUAAAGUGUUGUGAGAAUAUGACCCCUCGAGAUCAGACACCCUUACUCAGCACUACAUUAUAUACUAUUAUGAAUCAAGACCAAUUACACGAAUAUCAAUCUCAGUCGAGGAGGAAUGUGUACAGUAUGUUUAGGCCGCACAGAGUACAUGUUGAACUCCAUUUUUACCUUUGAUUAUAACUAUUCACGUGUAGGAGAGGCCGAAGUGGAUGAAGAUCAGUUCACUUGAUGAACUGAAGACUAAAGUGGGACACGUUAUCGUCAUGAUCCUGCUGGUAAAGAUGUUUGAAAGAAGCAAGAUGGUCACCAUAACAACUGGUGUGGAUCUAUUAGGCUACUCUGUGUGUAUAUUCCUGUCCUCUGCUUCCUUGUACAUACUUCAUAAUUUGCAUAAGACGGACUAAAAGUUGCUUUCACAUGUAUGAAUCUGUCUAGGUAACUAAUGUAAGUAUAUAUAUACACAAGAGUAUGAAUGUUCAUCUCUGGUUCUUUGUUUUCA